CUUGCCUUUUUCCGUUCACAUAUUGUGGGUCUGUGUUUAACAGUUCUUGUACUUUUACCUACACUCACCACCCAUGUUAUCACCAGGUCACUACAUCUCAAGUCUGUGUCCUGUGGUCUCUGCCUGGUCAUCGCCAGCUUGGGCUCUUCCGAAAGGCUGGUGUGUUACUUUAACAGCUUGGCCGAAGAUAGAGCAGACGCCGGGAAGUUCACGAUUGAGGAUAUCGAUCCGAACAAAUGUACCCAUCUGAUCUACGCCUUCUCUGACAUCAAUGAUUUCAAUGAGCUGGUCCCCACUAAAACAGCAGAGAUAUUUCGUUAUCAAGUGUUUAAUGAGCUCAAAACCAGAAAUCCUUCACUCAAAACCCUGUUGGCUGUUGGUGGUCCAACCUUUAACAAAGAAAAAUUCACUACGAUGGUGUCAACCACACAAAAGAGAACAACAUUCAUCCAGUCUGCUGUUUCACUACUGAGAGUAUUUCAGUUUGAUGGGUUAAACCUGGACUGGAUGUACCCUGUGGGAGCAGGAGGCAACCCAGACAACAAGCAGAAAUUUACACUGCUAUGCAAGGAGCUCAAUGCUGCCUUUGAGACUGAAGGGAAGAAACAUAACCGUGACCGAUUAAUCCUCACAGCAAGUGUCUCUGCUGAGAGAGAGGUUAUUGAUGCCAGUUAUGAAGUCAAAAACAUUACCAAGGACCUGGACUUCCUCAAUGUGCUGACGUAUGACUUUCAUGGCCCCUGGGAAAAUGUCACAGGACAUCACAGCCCCUUAUUCAGGGGAUCCCACGAUACUGGAGAAAAAAUCUACUAUAAUACUGACUCUGCCAUGCAGUAUUGGGUGGACAAGGGAGCACCUGCACAAUUGCUAAAUUUGGGACUAGCUGCAUAUGGGCGAGCUUUUUCCCUCUCCUCUGCAUCCAGUGAUGUUGGAGCUCCAGCCAAUGGCACUGGUGAAGAAGGCUGUUACACUGGUGAAGAAGGAUUCUGGGCCUAUUAUGAGACUUGCCUUUAUACUGAAGGGGAGCUGGUCCAAAGGAUUGCUGAUCAGAAAGUUCCAUAUGCCAUCACAGAAAACCAGUGGGUUGGAUUUGAUGACACACGCAGCAUUAGUACAAAGAAAUAUUUUCCUAUUCAUCCUCUCAGGUUCCUCAACCUCCACUACCACAGCCUCAACUACAAUGACAACAACUCCUGUUACCACAGCUCCAUCUACAAUGAUAACAACUCCUGUUACCACAGCUCCAUCUACAAUGACAACAAAUCCUGUUACCACAGCCUCAACUACAAUGACAACAACUACUCCCACUACCACCACAACUACUCCAUCUACCACGAACACAACUCCAACAACUACUCCAGCUACGACAACAACUCCAACUACCACAAUUCCAACUACUACAACCACAGCUCCUGUCACUACAACUCCCACAACUCCACCUACAAUGACAACAACUUCUGCUACCACAGCCUCAACUACAAUGACAACAACUACUCCCACUACCACCACAACAACUCCAACUACUACAACCACAGCUCCUGCCACCACAACUCCCACAAGCACUACCACCACAACUACUCCAACUACCAAAACUCCAACUACCACAACUCCAAGUACUACAACCACAACUCCCAUUACCACUACCACCACAACUACUCCAACUACAACUACCACAACCCCAACUACUACAACCACCACUCCCAAAACCCUCCACCUACAAUGACAACAACUCCUGCUACCACAGCCUCAACUACAAUGACAACAACUCCUGCUACCACAACCUCAACUACAAUGACAACUACUCCCACUACCACCACAAAUACUCCAUCUACCACGAACACAAUUCCAACAACUACUCCAGCUACGACAACAACUCCAACUACCACAACUCCAACUACUUCAACCACAGCUCCUGCCACCACAACUCCCACAUCCACUACCACCACAACUACUCCAACAACAACUACCACAACCCCAACUACUACAACCACAACUCCCACUACCAAACCGACUACCACGACCGCAACUCCCACUACCACCACAACUACUCCAUCUACCACGACCACAACUCCAACAACUACUGCUGCGACGACAACAACAACUCCAACUACCACAACCACAACUUCCACAACCACUACCACCACAACUACUCCAACUACAACUACCACAACUCCAACUAGUACAACCACAACUCCCACUACCACAACAACAACUCCUACUACCACAACUCCCACAACAACUACUCCUACUACCACAAUUCCCACAACCACUACCACCACAAGUACUCCAACAACAACUACCACAACUCCAACUACUCCAACCACCACUCCCAUAACCGCUACCACCACAACUACUCCAACUACUACAACCACAACUCCCACUACCACAACAACUCCUACUACCACAAAUACUCCAACUCCAACUCCCACUACCACAACAACAACUUCUACUACCACAAACCCCACAACCACUACAUCUUCUCCAACUACUAUAACCUCAACACCCACAACCACUACCUCCACAACUACUCCAACUACAACUACCACAACUCCAACUAGUACAACCACAACUCCCACUACCACAACAACAACUCCAACUACCACAACCACAACUUCCACAACCACUACCACCACAACUACUCCAACUACAACUACCACAACUCCAACUAGUACAACCACAACUCCCACUACCACAACAACAACUCCUACUACCACAACUCCCACAACAACUACUCCUACUACCACAAUUCCCACAACCACUACCACCACAAGUACUCCAACAACAACUACCACAACUCCAACUACUCCAACCACCACUCCCAUAACCGCUACCACCACAACUACUCCAACUACUACAACCACAACUCCCACUACCACAACAACUCCUACUACCACAAAUACUCCAACUCCAACUCCCACUACCACAACAACAACUUCUACUACCACAAACCCCACAACCACUACAUCUUCUCCAACUACUAUAACCUCAACACCCACAACCACUACCUCCACAACUACUCCAACUACAACUACCACAACUCCAACUAGUACAACCACAACUCCCACUACCACAACAACAACUCCUACUACCACAACUCCCACAACAACUAAUCCAACUACCACUACCACAACAACUCCUACUACCACAACUCCCACAACCACUACCACCACAAAUACUCCAACUCCCACUACCACAACAACAACUCCUACUACCACAACCCCCACAACCACUACCACCACAUCUUCUCCAACUACUAUAACCACAACUCCCACAACCACUACCACCACAUCUACUCCAACUACCACUACCACAACUCCAACUACCACUACUACUACUACUACCACAAGCCCAACUACCACAACCCCAACAACCACUGCAACAACUCCAUCCACCAAAACACCUACUCCAACUACCACUACCCCAACCAAAAUAACGACUCCAACUACCACUACACCAACUCCAACUACCACAACACCUACUCCAACUACCACAACACCUACUCUAACUAUCACUACCACAACCCCAACCAUAAUAACUACUCCAACUCCAACUAUUCCAACUACCACAACCCCAACUACCACCACAACAACUCAAACUACCACAACACCUACUCCAACUACCACUACCACAACCCCAACCACAAUAACUAAAACUAUUCCAACUACCACAACCCCAACAACCACUACAACAACUCCAACAACCACAACACCUACUCCAACUACCACUACCACAACCCCAACUACCACUACAACAACAUCAACCACCACAACACCUACUCCAACUACCACUACCACAACCCCAACUACCACAACAACAACACCAACCACCACUACAACUACUCCAACUACCACUACCACAACACUAACAACCACUACAACAACUCCAACGACCACAACAGCUAAUCCAACUACAAGUACCACAACCCCAACCCCAACUACCACUACAAUACCACCAACCACCACUACAACUACUCCAACUACCACAACAGCUACUCCAACUACAAGUACCACAACCCCAACUACCACCACAACAACUACUCCAACUACCACUACCACAACCCCAACCACAAUAACUACUCCAACCACAAUAACUACUCCAACUACAAGUACUCCAACUACCACUAUCACAACCCCAACUACCACUACAACAACUCCAACUACCACAACACCUACUCCAACUACCACUACACCAACCACAAUAACUACUCCAACUGCCACAACCCCAACUACCAUUACAACAACUCCAACUACCAAUACCACAACCUCAACUACCACUACAACAACUCCAACGACCACAACAGCUACUCCAACUACAAGUACCACAACCCCAACUACCACGACAACAACUACAACUACCACUACCACAACCCCAACUACCACUACAACAACUCCAACUACCACAACACCUACUCCAACUACCACUACCCCAACCACAAUAACGACUCCAACUACCACUAACACAACCCCAACUACCACUACAACAACUCCAACUACCACAACAACUACUCCAGCUGCCACUUCCCCAACCAAAAUAACUACUACAACUACAACUACUCCAACUACCACUACCACAACCCCAACUACAACUACCACUACAACAACUCCAACCAUCACAACAACUACUCCAACUACCACUAUCACAACCCCAACCACAAUAACUACUCCAACUCCAACUACUCCGACUAUCACUACCACAACCACCACAACCCCAACAACCACUACAACAACUCCAACGACCAUAACAGCUACCACAACCACCACUACCACAACCCCAACUACCACCACAACAACUCAAACUACCACAACACCUACUCCAACUACCACUACCACAACCCCAACCACAAUAACUACAACUAUUCCAACUACCACAACCCCAACAACCACUACAACAACUCCAACAACCACAACACCUACUCCAACUACCACUACCACAACCCCAACUACCACUACAACAACACCAACCACCAGUACAUCUACUCCAGCUACCACUACCACAACCCCAACAACCACUACAACAACUCCAACGACCACAACAGCUACUCCAACUACAAGUACCACAACCCCAACCCCAACUACCACUACAAUAACACCAACCACCACUACAACUACUCCAACUACCACUACCACAACCCCAACUACCACUACCACAACCCCAACAACCACUACAACAACUCCAACGACCACAACAGCUACUCCAACUACAAGUACCACAACCCCAACUACCACCACAACAACUACUCCAACUACCACUACCACAACUACUCCAACUACAACUAUUCCAACUACCACAACCCAAACUACCACAACCCCAACAACCACUACAACAACUCCAACCACCACAACACCUACUCCAACUACCAUUACCACAACCCCAACCACAAUAACUACUCCAACUACUCCAACUACCACUACCACAACCCCAACAACCACUACAACAACUCCAACGACAACAACAACUACUCUAACUACAAGUACCACAACCCCGACUACCACUACAACAACACCAACCACCACAACAACUACUCCAACUACCACUACCACAACCCCAACAACAAUACCUACUCCAACCACAAUAACUACUCCAACUACCAAUACCACAACCCCAACUACAACUACCACAACCCCAACCACCACUACAACAACUCCAACCACCACAACAACUACUCCAACUACCACGUUCACAAUCCCAAGCACAAUAACUACUCCAACUCCAACUACUCCCUCUACCACAACAACUACUCAUACUCCCACUACAAAAACUUCCAGCACAACUCCCACUAGUACAACUCCUACUACUACAAUUCGUGUUCUAGUUGCCUGUAAUGGAAAGACGAAGGGGUUCUUUUCCAAUCCGUCAGACAAAACUACUUAUUACGACUGUUCAGGACCAGUGCUCCUAAACUGUCCACCUGGACAGGAAUUCAACCAAGGAAUCAGCGCAUGCAAAUGA